CAGCAUUAGGCAAAAGUGCGAUGACGCCCAUCCCACUGCCUCCUCCACAGAUGGUAGCCAUGCCCGGUAACAUGCCUCCUCCCAGCAUUCAUGGUAACGGCAGUGCUCAUGGGACCAACCAAAUGCUGGACUAUCUGGAGAGUCAGAUGCGCGGCAUGGACGUCACCAGCCCGCUUCACAUGCCUCCUCCUCCCCAACACAUGCCGCAGCAUGUGCCCUUCUCUGCCGGCCCUCCCAGCACGCUCUCCGGCCUGGACAACGGUCCCACCUCACGCAGGGUACUGCCCGGCUCACGAGGAGGACGCCCGCAAGCCUACUCCAGCGGCUCAUCCACUUAUGGCGCCUCCCAACGCAACGACCGCCACUAUCAUCGUCCGGCCAUCCUGCGCAGCUACAGUCAGGAAGAUGUCCUGGACACCCGGAGCCAGUCCAGAGCACACCGUCCUCGCUCGUGUUCCAGGGAUGAUCUGCUGGCCGACGACCGCCGGGGCCCAUCCAGACGAGACGAUUAUUCUCCUUUGCCCCGCCGCGGUUCGUUGAGCUCAGCUAAUGACGAGGACAGCAGACUCGGAGGCACUCGAGGAGGUCGGGGAGGCGGCUGGUCCAAUCAUCCACCCAGUUACACCGAGUACGAGCCCGGAAAGAAGCCGAUGAAGCGGCCUGAACGGUUCUCUGAUAAAAGUUCUCGAAGUGGCACCCGUAUAGUCAUCUGACAUCUGCAUCUGAUCCAGAGUGCCUGUAGACCA